ACUUUUUAUUUCUUAGUAUGCACAGGUGCGACGCAUUUUUAUUAUUUUUUUAAAAAAGCUACUUUUACUCUUUUAACAUGGCAAAUCUGAAGAGACUUAUUUUUAUAGUUGUUGUAUGUAGUUUAGUAUUAUUUGGCGUUCUUAUAAUUUCUACUAAAGAUGCAGAUCAACAUUUUAAAUUUGAGACAAUAAAAUUGGUCGAAUCUAGCAAAGAUCGAAUAGCAGUUGUUUGUUAUGUUCCAAAUUCAAUUCGCGAAGUUCAUUUAUUUGUAUCUUUGCUCUAUGGUUCAUGGCGACAUAUAAAUGAUAACUUGAAAUCUUUUGAAAGCAUUUAUGGAAUCAAAAAUCACAUAGACCUUCUUGUUUUUAGUCAUCCAUCAGUUGCAGAUCAUUUAAAAGUAGUAUGCAAUGAAUAUAACAUAAACAAUAACAUUUUCAAUAACCAAGAGUGCUACGUCAUAGAACAACCUUUUGAGUCAAAUAUCGAUUACGGUCCAAUAAACUCGUUCAUCAUGUUCAAUCGAACAGAUAUUUACUUCAUCUUAGAAUCAUACAAAUAUACAAUGCGUACUGAUUAUGACGCUUUUUUAAGUCCAGCUAUAUACUUUUGGAAACCAAAGUACAAUAUAAUGACAGGAGAAGGUGGGUACAGUGUUGAUUUUAACAGAAAUCGUUUAAAAGAUAUAUCUAAAAAACUGGGGAUGAAACACGCCGGUAUUCAUAACGUUGGAUCAACGUGGUUAGGAGAAACCAAAGUUUUUAUCACUCUUGCAAAAAAAACGUUGGAACUUACGUCUUACAUUUAUUUAAACGAGUUUCAUCCUAAUUUGCCAGGUUUAGAGAAAUUAGAUUUGCAGAAUAAUAUUUACGGUCAGUGGCCAACAUGGUGGCGCCCUGUGUCACUUUUAUAUGGAGCCGAGUUGUCAUUAAACCAUUUAGUUGAAGAUUUUUCAGAAAAUCACAAAGGAGCAAUGGAUGUCCCAUCAUGUAGUGAUAAAUUAAUUUGGGAAACUCCACAUAUCCAUUGUUGGCAUAACGAAUGUGAAUUUCAAAAAUUUGAAUUCAUUAAACAUCUUGCAAAUAUAAUAGAUAAAACAAAUACAAUUCCAGGCGAAAUAGCUCAUAGAAUGAUGGAGAACCUUUACGAAAAAGACGUUAGAAAUAUGACUAUUAUGCAGUAUUCAACAUAUAUAGCCUGGAAUUCCGUAGGAAAACAUUUAAAAAAGUAUUUUCUUGAAGAUUAAUUCUUAAGCUGUUUUUAAAA